CGGUGGGAAAGAUGGCGGCGGCUGUGAGACCCUCCUGGUGGCAGCGGUGGCGGCUGCGCGCUUGGGCUCGGGACGGGGCCAGGCUAUUGCUCCUUCUCCUUUUGUUGGGGUCUGUGCAGGGGCCGUGGCACGUCAGGGCGGGCCAAGCGGUGGAGUACUUGAAACGGGAGCACUCGCUGUCGAAGCCCUACCAGGGUGUGGGAACAAGCAGUUCUUCGCUGUGGAACCUGAUGGGCAAUGCCAUGGUGAUGACCCAGUAUAUCCGCCUCACUCCAGAUAUGCAAAGUAAACAGGGUGCCUUGUGGAAUCGGGUGCCAUGUUUCCUGAAAGACUGGGAACUGCAGGUGCACUUCAAGAUCCACGGACAAGGGAAGAAGAAUCUGCACGGAGAUGGCUUGGCAAUCUGGUACACAAAGGAUCGAAUGCAGCCAGGGCCUGUGUUUGGAAACAUGGACAAAUUUGUGGGGCUGGGAGUGUUUGUAGACACCUAUCCCAAUGAGGAGAAGCAGCAAGAGGCCCAGAAGAGGCGCUAUUCUCCAGGAGUCCAGCGGGUAUUCCCCUACAUCUCCGCCAUGGUGAACAACGGCUCCCUUAGCUAUGAUCAUGAGCGGGAUGGGCGGCCCACAGAGCUUGGGGGCUGCACAGCCAUUGUCCGCAAUCUCCGUUAUGACACCUUCCUCGUGAUUCGCUAUGUUAAGAGGCACCUGACGAUAAUGAUGGACAUUGAUGGCAAACAUGAGUGGAGGGACUGCAUUGAGAUGCCUGGGGUCCGGCUCCCCCGGGGCUAUUACUUCGGCACUUCCUCCAUCACCGGGGAUCUCUCUGAUAAUCAUGAUGUCAUUUCCCUCAAGUUGUUUGAGCUGACGGGGGUGAGGACCCCAGAAGAAGAAAAGCUACAUCGAGAUGUAUUUCUUCCCUCAGUGGACAAUCUGAAGCUGCCUGAGAUGACGGUACCACCAGCACCCCUGAGUGGCCUGGCCCUCUUUCUUAUCGUCUUUUUCUCAUUGGUGUUUUCUGUGUUUGCCAUUGUCAUUGGUAUCAUACUCUACAACAAAUGGCAGGACCAGAGUCGAAAACGCUUCUACUGAGCCUGCUGCCAUCAGCCCCUCUAUGAUGUUCACCCAUGAGGUGUGGGUCUGAGCAUACAGCCUGGCAAGUCUGCUUGAGUCGCCAGUUGUUCAGGGACUGUGUUACAUCACUGGGGCUUUGAAUGCACUGACCCUGCAUUCUCAUGGUCAUCCGCGGGAACAUCUCACUGGCCCCAGACGCCACCCACAGGGCCGAGCAGCUGUGAUGUGCCUUCCCUGCAGUCCUUAAACUUAGGAGUGAAGAGACAUGGAAAAAAUAUAUAUUGUGAUGCCUAAAUUACAAAAUCGGAUAGCUACCCUAAAGAUAGACUGGAUGCAGCAGGCCUUCUACUUCUUUUAAAUUUCCAAAUAGAAAACCAGAACUCGUACAACCUGGAAACCCACUUACUAGUUUUUGCUUCUGCUCAUGGCUCUUUCUACUUGAGCUUCUUGGCAAUCGGGAUGGAGACGUCAGCCACACUUGCACCUGCCUCUCUGUGUCCCUUCACUCGUCCUCCGUGUGUGCAUCCUGAGCUAGGAAAGAAGUUUGCUGCUCCCGUUAGGCGGCCCUAGGACUUUCUGCAUUAGCUCAUUGCUUCAGCCUCUGGUCUGCGCUGGGUGGAUCUUGUUCCAUUCCUGUCUGUCCCUGCAUCUUCAGCUUUCCUAAUUGGAGCUCUCCAGGCUUUUGGAUCAUUUGGCUAAAAGUUGUUACAAAUGAAGUGAAGCUUAGACACCGUCACAGUCACAGAUGCCGUGAGAUUAGCUGUGACAUCAUCCAGGCCCAGGUGUGCCACAGAAAGCUGCAUUCGUCUCCUCUGACCACACGGAGGUGUUUCUGGACCCACUGGAGCCUGCUUAGCUGCAUGUUUUGUUUCUCAUGAUUCUUAGGAUCCUGCUUGGAGGAUUUGAAGUGGAAAGCAGCUUCUUAUUCCCUGGGCUUAGACAUGACCCCAAGAGGAGAUUUGGCUUUUUUUUUUUUUUUUUUUGGUUUUUCGAGACAGGGUUUCUCUGUGGUUUUGGAGCCUGUCCUGGAACUAGCUCUUGUAGACCAGGCUGGUCUCGAACUCACAGAGAGAGAUUUGGCUUCUUAAUGAGGAGCAACAGUUGCUGAUUUCACGUAACAAAUCUCUGAGAGCAAAAGACUUUCGUUCUCUGUCUGGCAAAGUCCUGAUCACUGAGUAGCACAGCUUGAGUGUGGUCCUAUGUGUGUGUCACCCCUAUUACACUGCCUUAUUCUACAAAUGUCACAUGCUGCUCACCUAUCUGCCCUGUGAUUAAAUUGGUUACAGGCUAGUCUCCUUGGAGGGCCUGAAACUGAGUUUUCUGGGUCUUUGAAGCCCAAGGAAAAUUCUUAAAGUGACUGAUGGAACCAAUCAUGAGUCCUGGCUCAGUGGCCUUCUUCUGGGGUAGGCUUAGCGGGGAGGUGCCAGCCUGUUUUCUGAGCCUCAGGCAUGUCAGCUCUUACCCUGCCCCUCCUGGGUGACUGGGAAAGCCCUCCCUCGUGCUCAUCCCUCGACUAGGAGGAGGGGUCACCCUGGCUGCAGAUGGGUGUUGAUCUUCUCAGGCCUCUGUCUUUCCUGUGUGUGUAAGCAGGAUACUAUGUUGCCCUUCUGCAAGAGAGGUGAAGUGCAGAGAGCCCCCUCCUAACAAUUUCCCACAGUAGCAGAAUAGCAGAAUAGCUUCAGGGGAGCUAGGGGAUGAACUGGGAUAUGGAGGUUGGCCUUAGUACCAGGAGAAUGUCAAGAAAUUAAGUUAGUUUUGUCCACUUUGAGUCCAAAGGGAAGGCAGAGGGGUGGGUGUGGUUGUGGACCUAAGUGGGCUGUUGAGAAGACUGCCAUAGCAGUGGGAUUGAAGGAUUUGAUCAUGGAGGAGUGAGAGAAAGCGUGGGUUUGGUUUGUGUGAUUCCUGCUCAUGAGCACCUGGAUUCCUUGAAAGAAGGCCAGAGGAUUGAUCUGUGGUCCCCACAUAGCCUGGGAACUAUUCUUUCCCGUUUGAGAAAGAAGGCCAGAGGAUUGAUCUGUGGUCCCCACAUAGCCUGGGAACUAGUCUUUUCCCGUUUGAGAAAUGAAUAAGAAAACUGCCUGUGCCGGGCAGUGGCGGUGCAUGUCUUUAAUCCUAGCACCCAGAAGGCAAAGGCAAGUGGAUCUCUGAGUUCAAGGCCAGCCUGGUCUAUACAGCCGUGACUACACAGAGAAACCCUGUUUCGGUAAACAAAA